AUGCGGGCUUUAUUUUCAAUUAUUAUUAUCAUUAUCUGCAUAAUUACGCCAGUUUUUUGCAAAACCUGUUCAAACCUUUUGAGUGAACUGGCCACGGCUCAAAUGGACUUCGUUUACUGCAACACAAAGCACGCGCUGCCCGUUAAGGACGAGCGCCUGUGCAUUGGUUGCAAAGUAAGAUUUGACGAGAUGUCAACAUGUUACAGUGAUCUGAUGAAAAACUGCUCCAAAAUUUACACAGACGCAGAUCGCCUGAAUAUCUUGACAAACACACAGAGUGUGCUACAGGGCCUCUGGGAUCGUGCCUAUUGCGAGGAGUGCUUCAAGAACAACAACUUCGAUAACUUUACAAGUUUGUAUGACGAUUUCUCAAGCUGCUUAGUGUUCCACUCAGAUAGCAAGUGCACCAACUGCCUGCUUAAUUAUAAAAACAUGAAUGAUUUUUACAAAAAUUUGGAUAAGGAGAGCAAUGGCAAAAUGUGCUUUGACAUGCAGGAUAUAAUGAAUAAAACGCGCGUCUUAUGGUCAAGGGAUCUGAAGUGCUGCAAGCGAGAAGUGAAGAUGUUCACAUUCCUGACGUCCGUCGUCGUUGUCGCUGUGCUGCCCAUUCUUCUCCUCUACAGCGGUGCCAUUGUGCUCACCAAGCGGCGAGAGGCCAAUCACGGGCUGCUCAACGAGCAGGAACCGGAACUGGAUGCACCGUCCACAUCUCAGCUCAUUACAGCUGCUGUGCUAUCAACUCCGACGGUGCCGCCAGCUGUUGAGGAUGCAAGGCUUAAUAAAAUAGCGAAGGUGUUAGCUACACGCGAUCUCGAUUUAUCGAGCGAUGAUGAACCAGUUCCACAUCCAAAACAAUGUAAGCAACUGUUGGGGAAUUCACCGCAAUAAGUUUUAAUGCACACA